UUUAUUUUUUUUUUUUUAAACUCAAUAAAAGAAGAAACCGAUUCCAAUUUAUUUUAUAAGAAACAAAAAAAAAAAGAAAAGAAUUGAAAUAAAAAAUUUUAUUUGUGAGUGUUUUUUUCUUCAAUUUGAUCCAAUUUAAUUCCUAUAUACCGAGCCGAUAUAGUAAAAUAAUCGUGAUUGAAUAUAAACUAAACAAUAACAAAAAAAAAAAAAUAGAAUUAUUAUUUAAGUGUUCGACUGUCGAAUCGUAUCUUCAUGAUAUCUGAUCAAACUUAAGAUCUUGUAAAAAAAAAAAAUACUCACAAAAAUGGCACUUGGUGACACAAAAAAUGGAAAUUUGCCUUCAAUGGCAAAGGAUAUUCAACUUCCAACAGCUGUUGAAACAGCCCCACAAAACAAUGAACAAAUCGAAAGAGGAUCGACAGAAAAAAUUGCACAUAAGCUCAAUAAACAGAUUGAUGCAACAAUAUCGUUCCUUAGAGCCGGUCGCAGUGGUGAAUUAGGUAAAGUUAUUGAAUUUCUAGAAUCUGGACAAGUAACAGACAUAAACACUUGCAAUGCGAAUGGCCUUAAUGCCCUUCAUUUAGCAGCUAAAGAUGGCUAUAUAGAUAUUGUAAGCGAACUUUUACGGCGCGGUGCAAAUGUUGACAAUGCCACAAAAAAAGGGAACACUGCUCUGCACAUAGCUUCACUUGCCGGUCAAAAGGAAGUUAUCAAACUUUUGAUUCAAUACAAUGCAAAUGUAAACGUUCAAUCCCUUAAUGGAUUUACACCGCUCUAUAUGGCGGCUCAAGAAAAUCAUGAUGCUUGUGUUCGAUAUCUUUUAGCUAAGGGCGCCAAUCCAUCUCUUGCUACAGAGGAUGGAUUUACACCACUUGCCGUUGCCAUGCAACAGGGUCACGACAAAGUUGUUGCUGUUUUACUCGAAAGUGAUUCCCGAGGCAAGGUUCGUCUUCCAGCGCUUCAUAUUGCUGCCAAAAAGGAUGAUGUUAAAGCGGCCACACUGCUUUUAGAGAACGAACAUAACCCUGAUAUUGUUUCAAAAAGUGGAUUCACUCCGCUACACAUUGCUGCACAUUAUGGAAAUGUUGAUAUUGCCAAACUAUUAAUCGAGCGGGGAGCUGAUGUCAACUAUAUUGCCAAGCAUAAUAUAACACCAUUGCAUGUUGCUUGCAAGUGGGGCAAAAAGAAUAUUCUAAUGUUGCUUUUAUCGAAAAACGCUCGUAUAGACGCUACUACUCGUGAUGGACUAACACCGCUACAUUGCGCUGCACGGUCAGGCCACAAAGGAGUUAUUGAAUUAUUACUUGAGAAUGGCGCACCGAUUUUGUCAAAAACAAAAAAUGGCCUAGCACCCUUACAUAUGGCUGCUCAAGGCGAACACGACGAAGCAGCUCGUAUUCUACUGACGCACAAAGCGCCCGUCGAUGAAGUGACCGUUGACUACUUGACCGCAUUGCAUGUAUCAGCACAUUGCGGCCAUGUUAAGGUAGCUAAGCUUUUACUCGAUCACAAUGCUGAUCCAAAUGCACGAGCUCUCAAUGGUUUUACACCGCUGCAUAUCGCUUGCAAGAAGAAUCGUAUUAAAGUGGUUGAGCUCUUAUUAAAACACAAUGCUAGUAUUAGUGCGACAACCGAAAGCGGUUUAACACCGCUGCACGUUGCCAGCUUUAUGGGAUGUAUGAAUAUAGUUAUAUACCUGCUGCAACAUGAUGCCAAUCCAGACGCACCAACUGUUCGAGGAGAAACUCCACUCCACUUAGCUGCUCGGGCCAAUCAAACAGACAUUAUUCGAAUUCUCCUGCGAAAUGACGCCCAAGUUGAUGCACAGGCGCGCGAAGGACAAACGCCUCUGCAUGUUUCAUCACGUCUUGGCAAUAUUGAUAUUAUAAUGCUAAUGCUACAGCACGGUGCGAAUGUUGACUCGGUUACGAAAGAUGCCUACACACCAUUGCAUAUUGCCGCUAAAGAAGGCCAAGAAGAAGUCGCAGCCCUACUAAUAGAUAAUAAUGCUUCCCUCGAUGCUGUAACAAAGAAAAGUUUUUCGCCACUACAUUUAGCCGCUAAAUAUGGCAAAGUACAAAUUGUUCAAUUGUUACUUCAGAAGGGGGCUAAUGUUGAUUGUCAAGGUAAAAAUGGUGUAACACCACUUCAUGUGGCCAGCCAUUAUGACCAUCAGGAAAUUGCUCUACUAUUGCUCGAAAAGGGUGCAUUGCCACAAGCAAGUGCCAAAAAUGGACACACAGCCCUACAUAUUGCUGCUCGAAAAAAUCAAAUGGAUAUCGCUACAAAUUUAUUGCAAUACGGUGCUGAUCCGAAUGCCAAAAGUAAAUCUGGUUUUGCUCCACUACAUUUAGCGUCGCAAGAAGGACAUGCCGAUAUGGUGAAUCUUUUGCUUGAGCAUGGUGCUUCUGCAAAUAUAUCAGCCAGAAAUGGACUAACACCGAUGCAUUUGUGUGCCCAGGAAGAUCGAGUUAAAGUUGCUAAAAUUUUACUUGAAAAUGAUGCACAGAUAUCAGAGCGAACCAAAGCUGGCUAUUCACCACUUCAUGUUGCUGCACAUUUUGGCCAAAUAACGAUGGUUAAAUUUUUACUCGAAAACGAUGCAAAUAUUGAGUUAAGUACAAAUGUAGGAUACACACCGCUUCAUCAAGCUGCCCAACAAGGGCACACGCUGGUUAUUAAUUUACUAUUGACGCAUAAGGCCAACCCAAAUGCACUCACAAAUCAUGGACAAACGGCCUUGAAUAUUGCUAAUAAACUUGGUUAUGUGACUGCUGUUGAAACAUUAAAAGUUGUUACCGAAAAAAGUAUUACAAAUACUGUUACUGGAGUACUGGAAGAAAAAUAUAAAGUUGUUGCUCCAGAAUCUAUGCAUGAAGCUUUUAUGUCAGAUUCUGAAGACGAAGGUGGUGAGGAUCACUUGGACCAACAUCAAUAUAAAUACAUGGCUACAGACGAUUUGAAAACCAUUAUCAAUGAGAAUGAUCAACACAAUUAUGACACUACCGAUGAUGGUCAGAUCUACGCAAGUAAUCGCAAAACUUUUACUACAAAUAAUGCGACUGCCAAAUACGUGAAUCAAAAUAUGUCGCCGACAACAAACACUUAUCAAAUAAAAUCAAUUGACAAUGUUACAAUUAUCAAACCACCAGUACAUCUUGGUUUCUUAGUUUCGUUCCUGGUUGAUGCUCGUGGUGGAUCAAUGCGUGGUUGCCGUCAUAGUGGCGUGAGAGUUAUUGUCCCACCAAAGUCAUGUGCGCAACCAACAAGAAUUACAUGUCGGUAUGUUAAGCCACAGCGUGUGGCCAAUCCACCACCCCUUAUGGAAGGUGAAGCUUUAGUCAGUCGUGUCAUGGAGCUAUCACCUGUAGAAGCAAAAUUCUUAGGCUCUGUUAUAUUGGAAGUACCCCAUUUUGGCUCCUUGCGUGACAAAGAACGAGAAAUAAUUAUACUUCGAUCUGACAACGGGGAAACCUGGCGUGAACACACACUAUAUGAUAGCGAGGAAGCCGUUCGCGACGUCCUCGAUAAGACAUUCGAAUCGAACGAACUCAGCCACUUGGAGGACCUACACACGUCUCGCAUUGUACGCAUUGUUACACGCAACUUUCCACAUUUCUUUGCGGUUGUGUCGCGCAUUCGGCAGGAAGUGCAUGCAAUCGGACCCGACGGUGGCACUGUGUCAUCAACGGCUGUGCCUCAAGUGCAGGCAAUAUUCCCGCCUAAUGCGCUCACAAAAAAAAUACGUGUCGGCCUGCAGGCUCAGCCAGUCGAUUUGAAUGGCUGCUGCAAAUUACUCGGUCAAGGUGUGGCUGUCUCGCCAGUAGUUACCGUUGAACCGCGUCGUCGAAAAUUCCACAAGGCAAUAACACUUAGUAUUCCGGCACCAAAAGCAUAUACACAAGGAAUGGUAAAUCAAUACUCAGGCAAUGCACCCACUUUACGUCUGCUCUGCUCAAUUACCGGCGGUCAAAAUCGCGCUGUUUGGGAAGAUGUAACUGGUUCAACUCCAUUGGCGUUUGUUAAGGACAGUGUGUCAUUCACUACAACUGUAUCUGCACGUUUCUGGUUAAUGGAUUGUCGAAAUGUAUCUGAAGCCAGUCGUAUGGCCACAGAGCUUUAUUCAUAUAUGGCGCAGGUUCCAUUCAUGGUCAAAUUUGUGGUAUUCGCUAAACGAAUAAGCAACACUGAAGCAAAAUUGAGUGUUUUCUGCAUGACAGAUGACAAAGAAGAUAAAACACUUGAACAUCAAGAGUAUUUUACUGAAGUGGCAAAGAGUCGUGAUGUCGAGAUACCCGAAGAUCAGGAUAUUUAUCUUGAAUUUGCUGGAAAUUUGUUGCCAGUAUUGAAAUCGGGUGAACAGUUAAAUAUGAAGUUCCAUGCAUUCCGUGAAAAUCGACUCUCUUUUCUUGUACGCGUCAAAGAUCAAGAAGAACCAUUUGGCCGCAUAAGUUUUAUGAGUGAACCAAAAAUUAGCAAAGGCGAGGCACCACAAACACCAAUUUGCACAUUAAAUGUGACCCUUACAGAUCAUGAAAUAAUAGCAGACAAUCAUAAUGGAUCACAAAAGAGUCUCGAUCACAGUGUUAAUUAUCGAGAUAUGCUUAACUUCGGAUACCGUCAAGCUGAUGAGAUUCAUAAGGCCGAUAUACGCUUAUCAGAUAUAUGCAAUCUCCUGGAAGACGACUGGGUUAGUUUGGCCAAAGAAUUACAAGUUCCAGAAAAUGAUAUUGAGCUAAUUAAAUCCGAAUACACUGGAAAGCAAGCAUCCAAACAAGCUAUGGUUAUGCUUAGAUUAUGGUUGCGACAAGCUGGUAACAAUGCUAAUGGAAAUACUCUAGAACAAGCCCUUCACAAAAUCAAUCGAAGUGAUAUUGUUGAAAAGUGCAUAUUCAAUCUCGAACUUGUAACAGAUUAUAUGGAAAAGGCAGUUGCUAAAAUGCAACUCGAUCAAUCUGGCUUUGAUUCGUUAAAUGAUGAUCUAUUGAAUUCAACAUCAUGUGAUACAUCGCUAGUUCAUCGAGAUCGAGAUGAUAACGAAACACCACAGAAAUUUAAAUUAAUCGAUAACGAAACUAUGGCAAUAGCUCCGCCACUGCCUGCAUCCACAGAAUCACUUCAAAUUGAAGAAAAAUCCAUAGUGGAUGUUGUGCAAAAAUUCGAAGAGAAAUCCGACAAGGAUGCUGAGUGUACUGAAAAACAUUAUGAAAGUAAUAAUCAUAUCCAAGAUCUAGAAUCAACGGCUAACACCGCCGCCGUCUCUGAAUCGCCAAAAAAAAUCACACCAUCGAAAGUAGUAACGGUGAUCAGUCAACAGCAGCAGUUUGAUCCUCACUAUCAUCAGAAACAAUACCAGCAAAGUUGGGUUGAACCUCAAUCACACGAGAUAAUUUCAGAAUAUAAUAAUGAUCGUGAUCUCGAUGAUAUGAAUAUAGGUAGUUAUGAAAGUAGUAUUAUUAUGAAAGAGGAACAACAACAAAACACUGAACAAAUUUCAUACGAUGGCACAGAAGAUGAUGAUUUUCCAACGAGUAUUAAUGGACAAAAAACAAUUGAAAUGUCUAUGCCAUCAGUGGUAGUGGUUGGCGGUAAUGCUAAUGAAUGUGAUGAUAAUUACUUUAUGGAAAUUUCAAGUUCUAAUCUGGAUGAUGUUGGCAAAUCGGAUAAUGCACCUAGCAUAUCUCAUGAUGCUGAAAUAGUAUCAUCUUCAAUAUCGGAAAUUGGUGGUGAUGUUGAUGAAAUUGAAGAAGAUAUAAUAUACGACCAAGGCGGCGACCAAGUUACUCAAAUAACUUGGGAAGCAGCUCCGAAUAUGAUUGGCUUGGAUGCUGCAAAACAAUUGACGACACAUACAAUCGAUUCGCAGUUAGAGUUUUUACAACAAGAACGCACACAUAUAAAUGCCAAUGCCAACGAUCUUGUUAAUCUUGAAGAUGCAAAAAUUGCCAAAAUACAACUAGAUCAACAGCCGAAAGAAAACACAAUUCUUUUAUCCGAGAUUACUUCAUCAUCAGCAGGAGCAGGAGGAGUUGCCUCAAACAUGACACAUAAUAGUAUAACUUCAACAAAAUCAAAAACCAGUAGCACUAAAUCUUUGGAAAACAACAUUAAAACAGUAGGCUCGUCAUCCGAUUCAGAUAUUGCCUUGCAUGAGCCUGGUAUUGAAUUAAGCGAGGACGAAGAACAUACAGAACCGGAAUUUUAUCAAGGCAUUGAACAAUCUGUAGAGGCAAUUGUUGGAAAUCAUGAUGACGACUGGCGAGUAAUUAAAACGAUAUCAAAUGCAUCAGCUGAGGAUAUUCAAUCACAGAAAGAUGAACUCAUGGAAUAUUUAGAUAAUUCAAUUCUAUCAACAGCGGCAAAAGCUGCUGAGUUGCAAGGACAAAACCAACAACAACUACAACAACGAGAAAUAAUAAAUUUUGAAAUUCUUGAAGAUGAAGUCAUUAACGAGCCGCCACUUCCACCAUCACCACCAGCUGCAGCAUCAGCUGUUUCGUCUACAAAAAUCAUAACAGAAAGUGCAUAUGUUCCAGCAGAGCCAAAAGUAAAUUUCGAUAAUGAUGUCCAUGAUGAUGAAGACGAAGAAGAUGAUGAUGAUGGACCAAUAUCAAUUGUUGUUGGUUCUAACAACUUGAACAAUAACAAGCAAACAAUUCAACAAAAAAUUGAAAAACAUCGCGAUGUACCUUCGAUUGUUAUCGAGCCAGUAAAGAAUGUAACUGAAGAUUUCAUGAACCAGGAGAAACACCAUUUUAAUAAUUAGAUACAGAAUACAGAAAAAAAGUUAUAUAGUAAACAUAUAUAUAAAUAUUUAAAUAUAUAUAUACAUA